AUGCCAACUUGUUGCGCUGUUGGCUGCUCGAACAGCAUUGCCAAGGGUGACAAGCUUUUUGCAGUUCCUCGUGGAAAGGAAAACCUCAAAAGGCGAGCGACAUGGCUCCAGCUUAUCGGGCGAAAGAACUUCGAUUGCCAUGACGGGAGGCUUUGUGAGAAACACUUCACGGACGAUCAGUUCGAACCAGUCAUCCUUGCGAGAAAUGGCUGCAAGAAGCUAAAGCCAAAUGCGGUUCCCUCCCUAUUUCUGCAUCGCUUCCGCCUCGAACAAGCCGGGACCAUCCACAGAGACAACCUCAAACCCUGA